UUUAAUUAUUCAUUGAUUUAAUUAUUAUUAUUAUUAUUAACUAAAUAGUUUUGUGUUGUUGUUGUGUUGACUACUCCCGCGUAAACUCAAGACAGUCACCGUCGCCGCCGCCGCCGCGACCGACACAAUGACGGCCACUACCGGCGAUGAUGACAAUACAAACGCCAAUGCGGACAAUACCGAGUGCGGCGCCGACGCUACCGACAGCCACCAACAGCCCAUGGAUGUGGACAACAACAACAGUGUCGGCGGCGAUGGCAGCAGCGGCAGUACGGCCGCCGCCGACGGUCAACAUCAGCCUACAGCGUCCGAUACGGGCCUACUGUCCACUGGCGAGGCCAUGAAAAACAUGUUUCGCAACCUUUACGAAGCCGUAUCGUUGGCCAAAAUCAAACAGUAUAUACAGUUUAUUAACGCCCGAGUGUUGACCAAUAAGACCUACUUUUUCUAUAUCAACGACUUCUAUCAUUAUGUUUGCGUAUUGACCGACCAGCCGGCCGACGAUUGCUGUCGACCAGCCGUCGAUGCAAACGUCAUUGGAUACCGAUAUAAAUAUAUAAAAUUAUUUUAAGGUCAUCA